AUGAUCGAUGAAGUAGAAGAAGGUUGUUUCAAUAUCAAUGAGGUGCGAUUUGCAAUAGACCAGAGUUCUGAUCACAAAGAUUCUACUACUGGGAACAAUGGUGAUGCUAUGGACAUGGAAAUUUCGUGGACCCAUGGCCCCGGCCCAUCAAAGAAUCACCCACAGCUUUUUAGUGGAAAUUCGUCGGAGGAAAGGGCUAGGGCUUCCCAGCUCUAUGUGACGAGGAACAAAGACGGGGGUGUCACACGUAGGGAACACUCGAGCCAGAAGCAGAAAAAAGGAGAGUUGUUUGAUGAUGUCAACAGUCUCCUCCUUGAUUCUGAGAUGAUCGAUGAAGUAGAAGAAGGUUGUUUCAAUAUCAAUGAAGUGCGAUUUGCAAUAGACCAGAGUUCUGAUCACAAAGAUUCUACUACUGGGAACAAUGGUGAUGCUAUGGACAGUUAG